AUGACUAAAGAGAAGACACCAAGCCCAGUUGAAAAAUUGGACAAAGAGCUUACGGAAGGAACUAAGAAAGAAAUGCCAAAGGAGGUGACAAUUCCGAAAGAAGCCAUUAGUACUGAUACUCUAAAGGCGACGACACCUAGUCCAAUUGAAAUUGAUGAAAAAGUUCCACAUAAAGAAAUGCCGAAAGAGCAGACACCAAGCCCAGUUGAAAAAUUGGACGAAGAGCUUACAGAAGAAACUAAGAAAGACAUGUCAAAGGAGGUGACAAUUCCGAAGGAGGCCAUUGGUACUGAUACUAUAAAGGCGACGACACCUAGUCCAAUUGAAAUUGAAGAAAAAGUUACACUUAAAGUAAUGCCAAAAGAGCAUACACCAAGCCCCGUUGCAGUUUCGGACAAAGAGCUUCCAAAAGAAAUGCCAAGGGAGAUGACAAUUGUGAAGGGGCCCAUUGUCACUGAUACUCUAAAGGCGACGACACCUAGUCCAAUUAAAAUUGAAGAAGAAGUUACACUUAAAGAAAUGCCAAAAGGGCAGACACCAAGCCCUGUUGAAAUUUCGGACAAAGAGCUUCUAAAAGAAACUAAGAAAGAAAUGCCAAAGGAGGUGACAAUUCCGAAGGAGGCCAUUGGUACUGAUACUCUAAAAGCGACGACACCUAGUCCAAUUGAAAUUGAAGAAAAAGUUACACAUAAAGAAAUGACUAAAGAGAAGACACCAAGCCCAGUUGAAAAAUUGGACAAAGAGCUUACGGAAGGAACUAAGAAAGAAAUGCCAAAGGAGGUGACAAUUCCAAAGGAGACCAUUGGUACUGAUACUCUAAAGGCGACGACACCUAGUCCAAUUGAAAUUGAAGAAAAAGUUAUACUUAAAGAAAUGACGAAAGAGCGGACACAAAGCUCAGUUGAAAAAUUGGACAAAGAGCUUACAGAAGAAACUAAGAAAGAAAUGCCAGAGAAGGUGACAAUUCCGAAGGAGGCCAUUGGUACUGAUACUCUAAAGGCGACGACACCUAGUCCAAUUGAAAUUGAAGAAAAAGUUACACAUAAAGAAAUGACUAAAGAGAAGACACCAAGCCCAGUUGAAAAAUUGGACAAAGAGCUUACGGAAGGAACUAAGAAAGAAAUGCCAAAGGAGGUGACAAUUCCGAAAGAAGCCAUUGGUACUGAUACUCUAAAAGCGACGACACCUAGUCCAAUUGAAAUUGAAGAAAAAGUAACACAUAAAGAAAUGCCGAAAGAGCAGACACCAAGCCCAGUUGAAAAAUUGGACGAAGAGCUUACAGAAGAAACUAAGAAAGACAUGUCAAAGGAGGUGACAAUUCCGAAGGAAGCCAUUGGUACUGAUACUAUAAAGGCGACGACACCUAGUCCAAUUGAAAUUGAUGAAAAAGUUACACUUAAAGAAUGCCGCGAGGCCAUUGGUAUAGAUACUUUAAAGGCGACGACACCUAGUUCAAUUGAAAUUGAAGAAAAAGUUACACUUAAAGAAAUGCCAAAAGAGCAUACACCAAGCCCAGUUGAAAAAUUGGACGAAGAGCUUACAGAAGAAACGAAGAAAGGCAUGUCAAAGGAGGUGACAAUUCCGAAGGAGGCCAUUGGUACUGAUACUCUAAAGGCGACGACACCUAGUCCAAUUGAAAUCGAAGAAAAAGUUCCACAUAAAGUAAUGCCGAAAGAGCAUACACCAAGCCCCGUUGCAAAAUUUCGGACGAAGAGCUUCCAGAAGAAAUAUAAAUGCCAAAAGAGAUGA